AUGAACAACGCCUCGUUACGGACUGGCUGCCAUGCCUAUGUACCAGGACACAAGACCUCCUAUGGCUACGUCCCAUCCGAAGCGGCUGGCAUCGCCUUUGUCGUCCUCUUCGGCGUCUCGUCGCUGCUCCACCUCGGACAGACGCUAUGGAGCAGACACUGGUGGACCGUCUUGUUCUUUAUUGGCGGAAUAACGGAGGUGAUUGGGUGGGCGGGACGACUAUGGUCGGCGAAGUGCCCCUACAACACCGACGCCUUUCUGAUGCAAAUCACAACGCUCAUCCUCGCCCCAACGUUCUGGACGGCCGCCCUGUACGUCAUCCUCGGCCGCCUCAUCACCCUCUCCGGCCCUUCGUCCUCCCCGCUCCCCCCGCGCACCUACCUCAUCCUAUUCUGCGGCGCCGACGUCGUCUCGCUCGUCCUCCAGGCCAUCGGCGGCGGCAUGGCUUCGGUGGCCGCCACCGCCAACCCCGCCCGCGACACGGCGCCCGGCACGAACAUCAUGGUGGCGGGCAUCGUGUUUCAGAUGGCCGCCAUCACGGUGUUUUGUGCGUUUUUUGGCGUGUUUUUGAAGCGGACGGCGGCGAUGAGGAGGGGGAAAGCUGGUGGUGGUGGUGGUCAGAGUAGCAGGCGUGUGAUGAUCCUCAUCGUGGCGACGUCGGUGUCGAUUGCAUUCAUAUAUGUGAGGAGCAUCUACAGGACGGUCGAGCUGCUGCAAGGGUGGCAUGGGUACCUCAUCACGAGGGAGGUGUACUUUGUUGUGCUGGACGGGGCGAUGAUGGCGUGUGCGGUUGUGGUGUUCAACGUUGUGCAUCCCGGAUGGUUUUUGGUGGGUGAAGGUGGUGGUGGCGAGGGCAAGAAGAGGGGCGGGAAUGAUGACGAUGAUGUGGACAUGGGAAGUAGGCCGUUUUCGAUGGCGUCGACGGUCGAGGCGGGUAAGGGUGCGGGCGUGGGAGGCAGAAGAGGGGAAGGAGGAACGGACGCUGUCGCCUGA